AGAUCAUCAUUGAUCUUGUGAUGAUGAUCACCAAGAUCACAAUCAUCCAUGAUAAACACACUUGCCCUUCAUCGACUCAGGCCGCCUCCCGUCAAGGCCCAGCGACAUAUCAAGGGUCCCCACAAGACCCAGAGGAAGAAAAAGGGAAACACAGAAACACUCUGUGGUGCACAAAACCCCACAGUAACCCACCACCUGGAAAAAAACAAAAAAAAAAAGGGGGGGCUUACCCACGUGACAAGCUGUGCUGGGGUAAAUCGAUUGGCUGAGCAUUUAUGUCAUUGUACGGAACAACACUUGACGUGUCUCUCGCCUUGUACGGACCGAGGGUAUGGUGUCCCAUUAGGUGCCCAAGUUUUACAUGCUACCCAGCUUUGGAGGCGUUUAAGAACUUGUCUGAGAGAAACUGGCAACCGACAGGAAUGCUCACUGUCUCGCAAUUCACAUGGGGAGGUUGCCCCUUCAUUGGAUACCGGGAAUGGGAAGUUGUCAGUCAUACUUUAUGCCAGGUGUCACCACAUGACAGCAUGGUAUCAAAUUCUUGGUGCAUCUAACUUUGUUGCUUAACAGAGUGGUGGUAAUAAUGGGAAUCACAUGUUGUUAUUUUUUGCGUUUAAAUGCAUUAUUAUUCCCUGUUUUUCUUUUUUUGGGAGGUGUCUGUUUUUUUCCUCAAAUUACCAAAAGAAGAAAGAGAUCAGGUGUAACAUAAAAAUGGUGAGAGGAAAGACUCAGAUGAAGAGAAUAGAGAAUGCAACGAGCAGGCAAGUGACCUUUUCAAAGAGAAGAAAUGGACUGCUUAAAAAGGCCUUUGAGCUAUCAGUUCUUUGUGAUGCUGAAGUUGCACUUAUUGUUUUCUCCACUAGAGGGAAACUCUAUGAGUUUUCCAGCUCUAGUAUGAAUAGGACGAUAGAAAGCUAUCAGAAGAGAGCCAAGGAUGUUGGAACCAGCAGCAAAAUGGUUAAAGACAAUAUGCAGCCUAUGAAGGAAGAUGCAUUUACGUUGGCCAAAAAGAUAGAGCUUCUUGAAGUCUCUAAGAGAAAGCUCUUAGGAGAUGGGUUGGAACCAUGUUCCAUUGAUGAUCUACAACAGUUGGAGAAUCAAUUGGAGCGAAGCUUAACAAGAAUUAGGGCAAGAAAGUUGGUAUUUUGAGGCGUACACCUUUUCAGCUCCAAACGCCGAAGUUUCACCCAUUUGGUUACCAAAUUCUGGGCGUGGAGCUCACGCCUAUCCCAUAACCAAAUUUUUUUUUCUGAAUAUAUAAAUUUGAUUCCUUUUAAGACAUUUUUUUUGAGAAAUUAGUAGUAACGGGGUGUUUGGGAGUAUAGUUGCGGAUGUUUUUUAAAGUAUUUUUUCUUAGAAAUACAUCAAAAUAAUAUAUUUAUUUCUUUAUUUUUUAAAAUUUAUUUUUAACACUAAUACAUUAAAACAAUUCAACAAUAUAAAAAAAUAAAUUUUAACAAACUGGAGUUUCGGCCACACUCCUAAACAAUAGAAUUCACUUUUGAAAAAGUAUAUAUAUAAAAAUAUAUAGAAUUCACUUUUGAAAAAGUAUUAAUCUGAAACUAAAGUAGGUUAGCAAUUCAGACAAAUAAAACCAAAAGUAGGAAUACAGAUCUACACAAACCAAAGAAGCCUAACAUUUAUAUAUUUGAUAAUUUUUUUAUUUUUAGCUCAGUGAAGUAAGACUUGAGCAUUAAGAAUUAUGAUUGCUACCUCCAUUCUAAAAUUCAAGGCCAAAUAGAACUCUCAAAAAGCACCAGACAACCAACCCAACUCCAGCAUCCACCCGCCUAUGCUAGGUCAUGGCCUCAGAGGCUAGAAAAACAUAACGUCCUUAAUUGGUCCGACUAUCUAAGUAUUGACUGGGCUUGGUCCUCGGCGUUUAUACUUUUGUUUCGACUAAUUUCAAGAUGGAAUCUUCUACCUUUCAGAAUAAUAAUAAAAAAUUAAAUUAAAUUUAGUGCGAACCUUAAGCCUGGAAAGGCCUUGUUGUUAGGCCUGAUAUGGUAACCUUUAGGUGUUUAGGUUAACCUUGCUAUUUACGUUUGCUAUUCUGAAAUGCAGCCAACUUCUCAAUAUUUUGAGACGAAUUAAAACAACAUAAUUAAGCUAAAACCUAUAUACAUUCUUAAGAGCUUAAUCCUCUGAGAAAAAAAAUUAAGUUAACAAACAGCACAAUCAAAAUGGAUUGACAAGUAAAAAUGUGAUAAGCCUUUGAUUAAAGAAAAUGGGAGGAGGUAAUGCAACAAACUAUGCAUUAUUAUCCAAGGUGAAACUGACUUUGAAUUUUGUGACAUGUAACUUAUUAUAAACCAACUUUAUAUUCUCACGGUAGCAAAAUACAGGUAUAUUCAUCCUAACCUUCAUGUUGUAUUUAGUUUUCUCUUUCAUGUCUAUCAUCAUAUUAAAAAUAUUUUCAAACAUGUUCUUUUUUAUAUGCAUGACAUCUAGAUUAUGGUAGAGGAGAUUAGUCUUUCUUAUCCCAAAAAAAUACUUUGUUUUACCUCAUUAUGGGUCACAUAAAAAUUAGGAAAUUUUUACUUGCUAGAUUGAAAAUCAAACAUAAUGUCCUCGUACUGCGAGACAACGUCAUACAAUUUUUCACCUGAUAAAAUAUCAACAGUGCAACAUCCCUUUCAACUUUACCUACAAAGAAGUCAUAUAUGUUCUUUCUAUACUUAUGAUCGGUUGGAAAAAACCUACGAUGAAAAAAGAAAGAAAGUUGUUUUGCUACUAUUUGUCAAGGUAAAGAUCUUGUUAUUUUUUAUACACUAUGGGCAUGCUAAUAAUUUCCAUGCAUGCUCCAACCAGAAAAUACACAUGAAAAUCAUUGAUAGUCCACAUCAAAGCUGCUUUCAUAUGAAAAUUUUGUUUUCAUGAGACAUCAUAUGUUAAAGUCCUGAAUGACCAUAAUUGAUUCAACUUAUUAAUCAACGGUUAAAGAUAAACAUCUAUAUUUUUACUUGGACUAUUAGGACCAAGAAUGCCCAUAGAUAAGAACAUGAACUCCGAUUUUAUACAUAUCUUCGGUGACAAGUUGUAAACCGUGAGUAUUAAAUGGAUUGAAUCCAUUUGUAUAUAACCCUACACCUAUGUUUUGUGGUUCCAUUAAAAAUUAAGGACACAUCCUAUUAAACUGUUUCCAGACUUCGAUGUCAAAAAGUUUCACCAUGACUCUAUCCAUCACAUUAUAUGAAUGAUGUCGUGUCAUGUGAUCAUCAGUCUUUGGAGACAUGAAUAACCUUUGCAAUCUAGAAGUAAUUGAGAAGUAUCUUAGUUUUUUAUGUGCGACAAGAGUCCUUCCCCUGCCAGUUCUGAGUUUAUACCGAGCAUGUCCACAGGUUUUACACUCGAUCAAAUCUGUAUUUUCAUUGUAGUACAAUAUGUGAAAGUUCAGACACGUCGAUUUUCUGGUAUCCUAGGUCAAGAGGUUUCAUCAUGGAUUUAGCAAUAUAGAAGUUCUUUUCAACCCAUUCCCUUCGGAUAAAGUGCUUUUUGCCCAUCCGACAAUUCUGUUUUAAUCGACCUCACUCAGCCCAUGAUUUGACUUGAUGGCGAAUACUUGUGCAAUAACUAAUAAUUUAUUAUGAUUUGUGCACCUACCCUAUAAUGAUUCAUUAAAAUCUUUUAAAAGUUCAAAAAACCUAGUUGCGUCUGCAUUUGGUUCUUCAUCUGAAAUUGAGCAUUCACCUGCAUAACAUUGAUUCAUCUUCAUUGCAUUUGUAAUCAUACUCCUAUAAUGAUUACUAUUAUCAUUUACAACUCAUUGCACGUUGCUAGAACUAAAAGUUUACCUAGUCAUCCUUUCUACCAUGGUUUCAUAAGGAAAAUAGGGUUCUUCGUAAGCAAAUCAACACAAGUAUUUUCUCAUGAACCAUUUUUGUAGAAGAUGCAUUAUAACAAUAUAUGGAUUGAGAAACUUUUUAUUUUUACACCUCUUACAUGGACAUCUAAUACUGCUUCCACUAAUAUUUUUCAGAUUAGAUAAUGCGUAAUUAAUAAAACCCUCAAUCCCAUUACAAUAAUCAUCAUGCAUAACCUUUCGGAUGAAACUUGAUACAUAUAAGAACGAUCAUCCAUCCAUUACUUAUAUGAAACUUAUAUAGAAUAUUGAUGACAACAUGUAUUAAAUAUUAAUGUGAACUAAACAAAUUAUCAUUACCCAGUUAAUUAGCUAUUAUUGAUUGAAUUCAAAAUUAUUCAAUCUAUUUUAAUAGUACCAUUUAAUGAUUAUCAAUUUUCUCCAAAAAAAAAAACCUAAAUUCCUCUAAAUUCACCUAAAUUUUCAACUUAACAAUAAAAUUAAUAAAAUAUGAAACGUACAUUUGAAAUAACUCAUUAUUUAUUUAAUUAUAAAAUACUUAAAUUACAAAAUCAAACUCAAUUUCAUCAAAUGAUAAACAAAUAUAAUUUUUUAAAAUCUCAAACAAAAUCUAACAUGUACAAAUCAUGUAUUUAUACAACAAAUUUCUAUAGAAAAAACCUAUAAAACAAGUAAACACAAAAAAACUACAUAUAUGAGCGAAAAUAACAAAGGAAUAUCUGCCUAGCUUUUAUUCAUUCCUUGAUUUUCACCUAUACGAUAUUCACCGAUGGUAAAUUUCUGCCAAUGAGUAUCGAUGGAAACAACAAUGUUAUGUUCCAUCGGUAAAUGUUACCAUAAUUCACUAAUGAUAUUUUUUCUGUUGGUAUUUUUAUUUGUAUUUGAGAAUUUUUCUGGUAGUGCAUCUUCAAUCUAUCCACAUCUAUGGAAUAAACCUCCAUUUAAAAAUUCACAAGAGUAAAAAAAAUAUAUAUAAACUUUUAAAAAAGAGGUAAAGAGUAAGAAAACCAAAUAAAUUAGAUAUUACAAAAAAAAAAAAACAUCAAUUCUAAAAGCAUGAAGCCUCAACAUGGGAUUAUUGAAAAAAGAAGGAAAAACGCUACCAUCAAAGGCAGUAGCUAAGGUAAAUCUGAAGAGACUCUCAGAACCGUAGAAAGAAAGAGUAGUUUUUGUCUUGAUUUCCACCAUUUUCUUAUUUAUACACCAAAUAAAAUUCAAAAUAAUACAAAAUAAGCAAUUUAAUUAAAUCAUUCUUAAACUAUAUAUUAUCGUAGGGGUACUUUAUUUUAACUAUUAAAAUUCUAAAAAGACUUGAAACAAGCCAAUAAAAAUAUAAAGUAUUAAAAUUAAAAAAAAAUGAAUUACAUCAGAAAUCAUAAAAUUAUUGAGCUGAAUCCUCAGUUCAUUUUUUAUUUUAUGUUUUUACUCUCCUGGACAAACACUUAUAAUAAAGGAAAUAUUUAUUAAAUAAGUAUUGUAUAAGUUCUUUUUUAUUCAUUUAUGUAUUGUUCAUUUAAACUCAUGAUGUCACAUAUAAUUGAAAAUAGUGAUGUAUAAUAAAAAAAAAGGUUAAUAAUAUAUAAUGUUAAAGUUCA